AUCUGAGAGUGAAAGCAAAGCUCAAAAAGGUGGUGGCAAAAAAGCUCUUUUUGUACACAAAUGUGAUGAUGGUGGUGAUGAUGAUGAUUAUGCCUUCAAUUUUCCACAGUAACAACAUUAACAAACAAUUCUCCCUCUCUUACUCCUUUUGCCCUUUUCCCCCUCUCCUCAACUCAAGCAUGGUAAAUAAGUGAUCGCCUUGUUCCAAUGCGUAGCUCGGACCCCAUGAACUGAAACAAAAUCGUAUCUUUUUUCUGGGUUUUGAAAAUCAUGGACAACAACAACUGCGGCUGCUGGGCUAUUCUCAGAAGCAGUGUCAGAGGCUGCAAAAGCUCCGAUUCAAGAAACUCCACCACUUCCCUCCCUAGAAGCAGCCUUGUCUAUGAUGCUGCAACAGAGACUCGUUAUUUGAAUGCCAGCAACCGGGAAAUGUGUGUGCCUGAUGAGGCUAGAAACUCGGUAUCCGAGGAAGAUCCGAAUUCGGAUGCAGUUGCACUAGAAAAGAAACCUCCACGCCAACUGCUUCAGUUUAGUUUUCAGGAGCUGAAAGCAGCUACCGGUAGUUUUAGGCCAGAUAGCAUUCUUGGGGAGGGUGGUUUCGGAUAUGUGUUCAAGGGGUGGAUAGAGGAGAAUGGGACGGCGCCAGCAAAGCCCGGCUCAGGGACCACGGUGGCUGUCAAGAGCUUGAAGCCUGAUGGCCUGCAAGGCCAUAGAGAAUGGGUGGCUGAGGUUGAUUUUCUCGGGCAACUUCAUCAUCCUAACCUCGUUAAGCUCAUCGGAUAUUGUAUUGAAGAUGAUCAAAGGCUGCUUGUUUAUGAAUUCAUGACCCGUGGAAGCCUUGAAAACCAUCUUUUUAGAAGGACCAUACCUCUUCCGUGGUCCAACAGGAUCAAGAUUGCACUUGGAGCAGCCAAAGGGCUAGCUUUCCUCCACACUGGGCCUGAACCUGUUAUUUACCGUGAUUUCAAGACGUCAAACAUCUUGCUUGACUCGGAAUACAAUGCUAAGCUCUCAGAUUUCGGUUUGGCGAAAGCCGGUCCUCAGGGAGACAAAACACACGUUUCUACUAGGGUGGUCGGAACCUAUGGCUACGCUGCUCCAGAAUAUGUAAUGACAGGACACUUGACCUCAAAGAGCGACGUUUAUAGUUUUGGAGUCGUGCUCCUGGAGAUCUUGACUGGCCGGCGAUCCAUGGACAAGAAACGGCCAAGUGGAGAACAGAAUCUCGUGACAUGGGCGCGGCCUUAUCUGUCCGAGAAGAGGAAGGUGUAUCAAGUAGUGGAUCCUCGCCUCGAGCUCAACUAUUCAAUCAAAGGUGUGCACAAGGUUGCUCAAUUAGCUCACAGCUGCCUAAGCAAGGACACCAAGUCUCGGCCUUCAAUGGAGGAAGUCGUCAAGGUCCUCACCCCGCUGCAACACCUCAACGAUCUCGCCAUACUAAACUACCACACGCGCUUCUCUCAGGCUGGGAGACGCCGCUUCCCUCCAUCAGGGAAGCGCGACAGGAAGACAGACACUGGCCAUCAACCCAACCUUAACCAAUCAAAGGACACUGUAAGAGAUUCCAACCUAACAUCUACUCAGCAUUAUUGUAAAUAAGGGUCCUAGUUUUUUGCUUGUGUGUAAUUUUUAUGUCAUAACAACCAUUAGUACUUGUCUUGUGUAUGCUGUAAGUUUUCUUGAUACUCAAAUGUUUGUAUUAGCAGAGGAAUGUUGAUCCCUGAUUUGAAUAUUUUAUGAGGUUUUAGUGUGA